UUGUAAGGAAGGGGGCGGGGCUCCCUGUUACUCCUGCCGCGCCCCCUGGCUCUAGGCCCCGCCCCCGGCCGGUCUCUGCGCUGAGGUGGAGGAGGUGGGCGGCGGUUACCAUGGCGAUGACGUCCUACCGGCGAGAGGGGGGGCAGGGUGAGCGAAGAGAGAAAGAUGGCGGCGGCUGCGGCGGGGCCGCAGUGGGCGGCAGGGCAGCGCUGAGGAGACCCGAGCUGGGCGGGGGGAGGGGACGCAGUGCGGGCGGCGGGAGCGAGGAGCGGGGCCCAUGUGCGGCGGCGGGGGCAGCAGCACCUGCCCGCUAGCACCAGCCACCGCAGGGUCCCGAGGAGCCGGCUCCGGGGCAGCCGAGUGAGCGCGGCGGCGGCCGGGUAGGGGCGGCAGGAUGAAGUUCGCCGAGCACCUCUCCGCGCACAUCACGCCCGAGUGGCGGAAGCAGUACAUCCAGUAUGAGGCUUUCAAGGAGAUGCUGUAUGCAGCUCAGGACCAGGCCCCUUCUAUAGAAGUCACAGACGAGGACACGGUGAAGAGGUAUUUUGCCAAGUUUGAGGAGAAGUUCUUCCAAACCUGUGAGAAGGAACUUGCCAAAAUCAACACUUUUUAUUCAGAAAAGCUUGCAGAAGCUCAGCGCAGGUCCGCUACCCUUCAGAAUGAACUACAGUCAUCUUUGGAUGCACAGAAAGAAACUAAUGGUCUUACCACAGUGCGGCAGCGCAGAAAGGCAGUCUUCCACCUGUCCCACGAGGAGCGUGUUCAGCAUAGAAACAUCAGAGACCUAAAACUGGCCUUCAGCGAGUUCUACCUCAGCCUCAUCUUACUGCAGAACUAUCAGAACCUGAACUUCACAGGAUUCCGUAAGAUCCUGAAGAAGCAUGACAAGAUCCUGGAGACACCCCGGGGUGCAGAUUGGCGGGUGGCCCAUGUGGAGGUGGCACCAUUCUAUACUUGCAAGAAAAUCAACCAGCUCAUCUCUGAAACAGAGACAGUGGUGACCAAUGAGUUAGAAGAUGGAGACAGACAGAAGGCCAUGAAGCGUUUACGUGUCCCACCCUUGGGAGCUGCUCAGCCUGCACCAGCAUGGACCACUUUCAGGGUUGGCUUGUUCUGUGGCAUAGUCAUUGUGCUGAACAUCACUAUCAUACUUUCAGGUGUGUUUUUUAUAAAUGGACCAAAUGUGUGGCCACUGGUGAGAAUCUAUCGAGGUGGCUUUCUCCUGAUAGAAUUCCUCUUCCUCCUGGGCAUCAAUACGUAUGGCUGGAGGCAUGCUGGAGUGAAUCAUGUCCUCAUCUUUGAACUCAAUCCCCGCAGCAAUUUGUCCCAUCAGCAUCUCUUUGAGAUUGCUGGAUUCCUUGGGAUGUUGUGGUGCCUGAGCCUGCUGGCAUGUAUAUAUGGCAAAUUCACCCAUGUCCCUAUGCAGGUGAAUCCACUCAUCUUGUAUGGAUUCAUGUUGCUUUUCCUCAUCAACCCCACCAAAACCUUGUACUACAAGUCCCGGUUUUGGCUGCUUAAACUUUUGUUCCGGGUGUUCACAGCCCCCUUCCAUAAGGUAGGCUUCGCAGAUUUCUGGCUGGCCGAUCAGCUCAACAGCUUGGCUGUGAUACUUAUGGACCUGGAAUACAUGAUCUGUUUCUACAGCUUUGAGCUCCAGUGGGACAACAAUAACGGACUGUUGCCAGAAACAGGUGAUCAGAUUUGUUCCAGCUACUCCUACGGAGUGCGAGCAGUUGUCCAGUGCAUCCCUGCUUGGUUGCGUUUUAUCCAGUGCCUGCGCCGUUACCGUGACACCAAACGGGCCUUUCCUCAUCUGGUUAAUGCUGGCAAAUACUCCACCACCUUCUUCAUGGUGACAUUUGCAGCCCUUUACAGCACUCACAAAGCUCAAAACCACAGUGACACCCAAGUGUUCUUCUACCUGUGGAUUGUCUUCUAUUUAAUCAGCUCCUGCUACACCCUUAUUUGGGACCUGAAGAUGGAUUGGGGUCUCUUUGACAAGAAUGCUGGUGAAAAUACCUUCCUUCGGGAAGAAAUCGUCUACCCACAGAAAGCCUAUUACUAUUGUGCCAUUGUGGAGGAUGUAAUCCUGCGCUUUGCCUGGACCAUCCAGAUCUCCCUCACUUCCAUGCAAGUCUUUCCUUAUGCCGGGGACGUCAUCUCUACUGUCUUUGCACCACUUGAGGUUUUCCGGCGGUUUGUGUGGAAUUUCUUCCGUCUGGAGAAUGAGCAUCUAAACAACUGUGGCGAGUUCCGUGCUGUCCGGGACAUCUCAGUGGCACCAAUGAAUGCUGAUGACCAGACACUACUAGAGCAGAUGAUGGACCAGGAAGAUGGCGUCCGAAACCGCCAGAAGAACAGGGUGUGGAAGCGUAGCCUGAGCGUGUCCCUGCGCCGACCUAAUCUUUCUUCACAAUCCAAGGCUCGUGACACCAAGAUAUUGAUAGAGGACACAGAUGACGAAGCAAACACAUGAAAUGUCCACAGAAUCUAUUUCCACAUCCCUUGUUUUCUUGCUCUACUACCCUUUCCCCGACCAAUCCAACCUCUGGUACAGUUCCAGCUGAAAACAGGAGAAAACACUGAACACAUUUUCCGAGCUCUUCCGGACCGGAUCCUAUGGACUCCAACAAGCUCACUGUGUUUCUUUUCUUCUGGUUUAAUUUUCAUUUUCUACUUUUAAAAUAAAUAUUUACUUCGUUUUGCCAAUCAGAGGACAGUUAAAGAAAGAAGUAUCUAAGAAUUGUUUACAAUCACAACAAGGACACAAAACCCUAUCUGGAUGAAGAACAAGCAUCAUAGGGACUCCCUGAUGGGACAGCACCGAGAAUACACUCGGCUUCUGCUUGGCCCAGUUUCGACUGGUUGAAACUGGACUUGGGUUUUUAAAUUUGUGUUUCGUUUUUUUCUUUCCUUCAUAUCCAGCGCUGAGGCACUGGCUGCACUUGCAGGGAAAGUGCACUUAGAGCAGUACCUUCAUUCACGAAGCUACUUUUUAAUUUGAUGUAACUUUUCUUAUAAUUUUUUUGGAAAUACGAUGUAUUUGUUGCAUACAGUUUUCACAUUAUUUAUGAAACUUAACAACCAUAUGAGAAUGAUUUUUUGAGUCCUGUGCAAUGAAGGCGAUAACAGUAAAACAAGGCAGGGGGAUGUAGAUCUGGAUCUCUUUUUUGUGAGGGUUAUGCCCUGCAAAUACCUCUUUCAUGAGAUAAUUUGCGCCAGUUUGACCCUUUUUCUCUUCAGUUUAGUUUUAUUUAUAAACCAAAGUUUUUCUUUCUGGUUUUAGUUGCUGCUGCUGUUGCUUCAGAAGCCUGAGCAUGUUUCACGUACCAGUUCAUGCUCAUCUUUCCACGUGGCCGUGCAAAGAUAGUGCAAAUGAUUCUGUUUCAAAGGAGAGUUGUAAUAAAUCUUGCCACAAGGUGAAACACCCAGGCAAAAAAAGGGGGGUUGGUGUUUAGGUUAAGAACUGUUUUUUCAAAGCCUUAAUCUUCAUGAGAUAAGGUUAGAGUACUGUGCACCCCUGUUAAAUAGGGAGCUUUUCCAUUGUUCCGCUUCAGCUAACUACAGCAAAAAUAAAGGUGGACAAGAUGAGGACAUGAUCUUUUGCAUGUGUGGGAGGGGGGUUUGUUACAUGUUUUGGUUCAUAGGUGGCUACGCUUCAGAGAAUUGGCACACCUGACCCAGUUUGCUGUGGGGCAAGGAGGUGGUUGUGUGUUCUCCAGAGGGUAGGGAAGUUGGUAGUAAAUUAGAAGUCUUUAAUGACAUUUUAUUUUAUAUGUUUUGCCAGGCUUUGGCAAAGCGUUCUCUACCAGUCACUUCCUUCAGGUUGCUUUGUUUGUUGCCUGUCUUUUACACCCUCUCCUCAGUGUAGUCUAAAACCAAUUAAGUGGUAGGUCAGCCUUGCACUGGAGUGUGAGUGAUCAUACUCAGCAGGCUAGGGUUUAAGGACAUCGUACUGCUUAGCAAUUUCAGUAGAAAUGAUAAGGCCAGCUUGAUAAGCUUUGUAUAUUUUGAUACCACCACCAACCUCUUAGAAGAGAGCAACAUGAGUGUUUGAGGGCCAUGCCCUACACCACUGCAGGCAUUAAUGCUUGCAGAAAGCUUCAGUGUUUAAUAUUAAUAAAAUCUUAUUUGUCCUUGCUCUAUUGCAUGUAAGGUUAACACCAGGGACUGGGGGAAGCUGCUUCAAUUCCCUUUAAUCCUGUCCUUACCCCAAGGCUCGACUUUACAGCAGGGAUUGUUGAAGACUCUGCAUCCUUUUCAGAUGGGGCAUGGUCACUUUUUCUGCUGCUCUGCGUCCUUGUUUUUAACCACUCUUCCACGUAUUCCAAGUACUCUCUUAGUUCUUUGGCAGUGCCAGUAGCUAGCCAUAUACAGUUAUUGUUCAGACUCCAAGUGGCAGAUUCACACCCUCAACUAAGGAGGAGCCAUUUUUGACUUCUGUCCCUUGUUUUGAAUUUACAUUUCUAGCAAUCAGAUGCUAGGAAUCCCUGCUCAGCUGCUGUUAAAUAAUUUUUCUUUCUUUUGCCAAUCAUAUGGCUUAUUACAUAUGGCUGGUGCACUGCUUUUUCUUAGUUUGCCUAUUGUGCCUCUUGCCCAGAGGAACUGAAGAAGGAAACUUAAUUGUAUUCAUUUAGUUUAAAUAGGGCAAAAUAACUUUAUCAUACAUUGGUGGUAGUGAACUGGUGCCCCUUGACAGAAUGAGCAUUAUCUCAGUUAUCAGCACUGUCAUAUUGCACCCUGAACUUAUCAAGAAACUUUGAUGACCUGCUAGGAAAGGCCUCAGCACUACCACUGAUCUACUGAAGGUGAUAGUGUCAUUCAAGUGGAAUAGAUGAUUUGUGUAUUGUUAUUCCUCCACCAAUGCAACCAGGGCCAGCUGGUAUUUCGGCACCAGCCCACUCUGGUGAGAGGAAUCUGAACAAUACAGACUAACCCAGAAUUCUGUCGUUGCCCCUUUUGGUGCCCAGGAGUCUGAUUCCCCUGAUCUUGACUCACUGAUGCUUCUUGUUCAGACAAGGACAGAUGUACUUGUCCAGCAGGAAGUGGAGUUUGAAAUGGAAAGCCCUCUAAAGUAUUUCAGUCCACUAUUUUGCAUUUCAGUGAUUUUUGCUGUGUUCACAAUGUUCGAUUCCACACCAAACAGAGAACUCGUUCUCCUGGGAGGUAACUACAAUACGCUGGCUAACAAUUGGGAUAUCAUCAGCAACUAAAACUGUCAGAAAAUAGUGAUGCCAUAUAGGAGUUUAAAAGGAGUAGCAGCCAAACCAAGGGGCACAACCUGAACUAAUCGUGUCAUUACUUAAGGAAGCAUUGCUUUAAAAAGCGGAGGGUGGGGUCUUACUGAUAGCACUCCCUUGUCAAAGGAAUGGAAAGUAUCAUUGUGGCAAUUAGGGCAUCUGAAAAAAUUUUAGAACUUGGUACAGAGAGAUCUUAAAGUAUCACGGAACAAGUAGAAACCAGUGAAACAUUGUGAAUGCGUUUCUGAGCUCAGCUAGGAGAAUUGAACCUGUUCUGGUUAGUCUGCCUCAGACAUGAGUGGUACUGCAUGAGCUGAUUGGCUCAAACUUUAAACUCGCGGAAGGAUCAAGUCAACAAGAACUGAGGUCUUGGUCAGUUUUUUCUGCAACGUAUCAAAACUCUGGGGGAAGAGAGAGAAUUUUGUUCUGUGUUUGUCAAUAUACUGCUUCCACCUUCUUUCUCUUCCCACCCUGCAGAAGAGCACUCUGUUUCGGGCUAUGUUUUCCCUGCCAAAAAAGUUGGGUUGGUUUUUUUUUUUUAGUGUGAGAGAACUAAUUGCUGUUAGUAACUUGGUGUAAAAAUGCAUGUUUUAUGACCAUGAAGACAGCCUGUGUAAUGAAGGUGUCCGUACACUUGGGUCAGGAUGCCUGAGCUCCUAGCAUCAUGGUCCAAAAGAACCCAGUUUCCAGAAUCACUGUACUCCCUGAUGCCGCAAGGGCUUGUAUUCCAUGACUACACAGAGACAUUUCUGAACCAUUCGGAAUAUAGCUCCUCUCAGGAGUUAGUUCUAAAAACCUGUCUGGUUCCAUCUGUGAAUAUACAGUGAUAUCUUGCCAGUUAAAUGAGAUAUAAUCAAGCAGGGCAGCUAGUGAAAGAAAUAUAACCACCCCUCCUACUGAGUGGUCUGCAAAAUGAGAAAGUGAGAAAAGAUGUUUCCCCUCUGGUGGUCACACUUCAUGAAUGACCUUUGCAAAUAUAACGGAAUGGGUGUUUGUGAAAAUACUGCUGUAGAAGACUAGCAUUACUAAAUGCAGAAUGCGCAGUGAAAGGAGAACAAGGAACUGGGUCUUUUAUCCAGUGGAUUGCCUCAAACUCACAGAUGGGAUAGCAGGAGAGCCAGGAACCUGCUUCCAACUUCCUUAAGCAAAAGCUGGAAAAUGCCCAUCAUCUUCCUAUUUUAUAGCACCUAUGUUUGCCUUUCCUUUUGAUCUCUUUGUGUUCUCUCCUUCCCUUCUCUUAAAGGGUGCUCUUCUGCUGGAAUUGAGACCUACCCAAUGGUUCCGCUUUGUUUUCACCUGAGCUUAGAGUGGAUGGUAUUUGUCUCACCACUGGAUAUUUUUUUAAAUGGAGAUUUCCCCAUACCCCUGUAGUUUAGAAGUUCAAGUUGGCCACAUUCAUUCCCUGUUCAGAGGGGUCUCCAUCCCUCCCAGACAUCUAAAGUUGCAUGGGGAUUGUCAGGCAAUGUUAAUCAGGCAGAUCCGUUUCCAGGCUGUUGAGAUAUUGACCACUGUGAAUCCACACGGAUCUCUAAUUCCCUGGAUCUUUCCUCCAGCUUCUGACUGUACUAUAUGAAAAUGAGAUUUUGAUCACUGGCAUGUGCUUAUCACAAAUCAUAGAAUUUUUUUUUUCUAUACUUUGCUGAUAGAAAGGCCAGAAUCCCUUUGCUGUGUUCUCUUGGAUGAAAGUCAUCUAUGGGAGGAAGUCAACUGGGCGGGGGGGUUGGACAGUGGAUUCUCUGCAUAGAACUUCACAGAGCAAAGCUUAAUGAACUAGGGCAGAAAUCCUGGGGGAGAGCAUGCCUGUCAGGCUCAUUCUCUACUAACUUUACUGCUACCGUUCCCUUCAUAUUCUCCUGCUUUCUUAUGGCUGUAUCCUGAAUGUCUCAAUAUAUUCAUACUUCUGAAAUUCAGAUACAUUUUGGAGGCAAAUUUGCUUGCCCUGCCCUCCCCUAUCCUACUUCCUCUGUUUCUUCAGUAUCACUGUUUAUAUCAGGGUAGUGUCAUGAAGAUCAAUAGAGAGGAAGCGACAGAAGAUUUAAGCAUAGAAUUACAGGCAGAAGUUCCCGCUGUGGUGCAGUGAGACUGAGCCAUCCUCUGAAAACGGAAGCUCUUCUUGCUACUAUUCUGUCACCUCCUGUUGGCUGCUCUGAUUCUUCCAGGUACCCUUUGCUGCUGCUUCCUACGGGCCAAAAUGAACAAAUUCUUUCCUUCUCCUCCCCUCCAUAAGUCUGCCAGCCUUGUCUCUAACAGAUGAUUCCUUGCAUAAGCCUUCUCUAAAUUUAUCCUUCAGUCUUUGCCUCUGGGCAAAGGAGAGGGGAAGAAUGCACUGGGCUUCGUAGUUUUCAGUAUUGCCCAUAUGAGGCUUCUGUAUCUAGGAUCAUACAUCUUCACUGCAAUGUGUCUGUAGAGGGGGAUGGAGGAUUCAUUAUUUUGGGCUGCUGCACUAGUUGUGCCUGUGUAAUAUCCUGGGGUAUUUUUACCAUGAAUCCUCAAGGAGCGAUGGGGAUCAGGGCCAAAAUUUUCAAACUUGAGUAUCCCAAGUGAGGCAUCUGAGUCCACGUUUGGGCACCUGAAUAAAAGUAGCCUGAUUUUCCAAGGUACUGAGCAGUUACUGUUGGGUGCUCAUUGUUUCUGCAAACCAGGUGACUCUCUUUUAAGUGCCUGAUUUUAGGCACCCAAGUUUGAAAAUGUCUCGCCCAUUUUGGUGAUUUAGCAAGGCCUACCUUGAAGAGUUUAGCUGACGUUAGCUAUUCAGAGCAUGAGAUCAACUUGGCUAGGAAGUGGAUUGAAUGUCUAACCAUGCUGCUUAAGUCAGGGCUUCACGCCCCCUCCCCCCCAUCCCCCCCACACACACCUUUAUCUCUUCCACAGUGGUUCUGAGUCACUCCAAGGGGUAGAAAGCUGUUCUGCCUUAAGCAUUAUUUCUGGAAGGCUAUUGAUUUAUUUUGCUCACUGGAAAAGAGGGGAUCAGGACUCCUUGGGGAAGGGUGGAGAAUCAUUAUACUAACUUUAGAUGUAAUCAGACUCUGAAUUGUAGAUCGUUAAAUCAAACUCCGCCUCUGUAACAUCAUGACAUCUGUGUGACUUGGGUCCUAAAAAUGACUCUGCAUACUUUGGGGCAAAUAUGUAGACCUGCCACAACAUGGAUUUAACCCAGUACUGGAUCAAACUGCUACUCUAGUUUACCCAUGGGAUAUCAGUCCCUACCACAACUUAAUGGGAAAAUCACCAGAGUGACAAAAGAAAUGUGGAUUUCUCAGGGGAAAGGGGCCUUUAAUAUUGGUAAAUCCUGGGACCAAUUCCCUUGUCACUGCAGCCCACACAAGUGUGAGGUUGCUCUGGUCUGUGUGUAUCUCACAGCAGCAUCAGUGUGUUGGUGGUCAGGGGAGUUAUAUCUCCAGGAUUUCCAAUAAUAAGGCCAUAAAAUAUAAUUCCUUUUGAGUUCUUAAAACCAAAUUGAAUGAGCCCUUCAGUACAGACAAUGAAUCUCUUCAGCCUGUAACACUUUGUGGCUGUCAACUUCCUUACUAUCUUGUCAAUCCUUCUAUCAAACAAACAGUAUUUGGAAGGGACCUGGGAUAGAAAUGUAUUUGCCACUUCAGAAAUUGUCCCUUGCCUCUCUGCCAUCUUUCUGUACACCCCUCGCUCCUGCUGUGUUGAUCUAAAUGAUUAUUCUAUGAAGCCCUGAGCUGUAGAUGUCAAAAGUAACUAUGGAAUGUGAUUAGUCCUCUGUGGGUGCUUUCUUUCUUUCCUCCUUUCUCUUUCGCUAUCUCCUUCUCCACUCUUCUUUUGGCUAAGUGGAAAAGGUGAGGACAAAGAAUUGCCGCUUGCUUGGACUCAUGAUGUAUCUGUGACUGCGCUAUUAGCUGUCUCCUUUUUCCUUCCCAAAUGGAUAUAACAUUUUUUAAGUGUGGAAUACCCUUCUUGAUAAGUAGGUUUUUAAAAAAAUGCACAAUGUGGUACUGUUUCAUAGUUUCUAGGUGGUUGUAUAAAACAAAGUCAACUGUGGUUAUGUGUUUUUAAAAGGAAAAAAAGUGAUUGGUUACUAAAUCUGUCCUUUUUUCAUUAUUACAAGCUCUUUGUUUUCCAAUGA